ACAGACCGAUUGAUUACGGGUGGUUCGCGUGCAGAGUAGAGUCGGUCCUUGACCGACCCGUCACUGCAUGCACUUGCUUUGAGUUGUCUCCAGUCGCCUCCACUGAAAGUGAGGCGUGUUGUGUUUAUGUAUUUGAUACUUUUUUUCGUAGCGAGGAAAGACAAAAUAUUUCAGUUUCUUUUUUUCAUAUAUUGACAUAAACUGGCUAAAAAAUUCAAUUACUUUUUUCCACGAAUCUAGUGCUCACUAUCCUUGUGAAACGUGAAUUGAGUAUGGACAGAGUGAUAGGUGCAUCCUGUAUUCACAAUAUUUCUUCGCUACUUUGACGGAAAAGAAGACUAGGGAGUAACAGUGUUAAUUUCAAACAUGUUCUAAAAUUCAUAUUGUGUUGUAGGAAAUAUUUUCUAAAGCGUGCUGUUGUAAGGUUUUAAUCUAAUGGCCUAUCAUUUUAAUGAUAAUGUAUACACCAAAUCUUUCACUCCACGAGAAUAUCAGGUGGAACUUUUGGAUGCUGCUAAAGAGCGUAAUAUCAUUGUAUGCUUGGGAUCAGCUGCUGGCAAAAUAUUUAUUGCUACCAAGCUAAUCCAAGAACUUGCUAGUAUUGUCCGCAAGCCAUGGCGUGGUGGAGGAAAGCGCACACUUUAUGUGGUGGAUACCCCAACUCUGGUCGCCCAGCAGGCUGCGUACAUCAGGCACCUGACUGAUUUGAGUGUGGGAGAAUAUGUGCUGGAUACUGAAGAAGAACAAGCAAUAUGGUCAGUGGAUUGGGAAACCGAACUACAAACACAUCAGGUGCUAGUGAUGACAAGCACAGUUUGUUUUCAAGUUUUUAGAUGUGGAUUUCUUUCGUUUGUUGAUAUCAAUCUUAUUGUUCUUGAUGAAUGCCAUCGUGCUGUUAGGAACCAUCCAGUGCAGCAGAUUAUGCGUGAUUUUGACAAAUGUCGUCAGAGGCCACGAGUUUUAGGUCUUACUGCCCCUCUACUCAACAACACUUGUGAUCCUGCACGUUUAGAAGGAGAAAUCAGGAGAUUAGAGAUUUCUUUGCACAGUACUGCAGAAACUGCGAGUGACAUUGUUUCUGUUUUGAGUGAGAAAGAAAGUGGAGAGGUGACGAGAAGUGGUCCUGGCAAUUUUUCAGGCAUUGUGAGGACCGUGAUGCCAGGAUUCAGCUCACUAGGCAGGUAUUGUGCACGCCCUAAAGAGGUGGUAGUUGAAUAUGGUUUGCAUGUUGCUGGGAAACUGGACUUCAUUCUGGAACAGCAAGUUCAGGAUGCGAUAUCAUUUAUUAAUGAUCAUCGAUAUGAUCCAUCAGAAGUUUAUGAUGAAGAAUUUCAAGAAGAGCUCAAAGGGAUUCCAGAUCCAAAAAUUGAUCCUAUUAAAAUAUUUGAUGAAUUUCUGAACGUUCUUCACACUCUAGGACCAUGGUGUGCUGAUCGAGCAGCAUUAGUCCUUUUAAUUCAUCUAGAGAAAUUGAAAGUGAAAACACCAUAUGAGAGACAUUUCUUACUUCUUUGUAUGGUCUCUUCUGUUAUGGUAAAAAUUAGGGCUAUCUGUGAUGAUGUUUUCCAAGAGUAUGAUGAUCGUGACAGAAUCUACAAUUUCUCUUCACCAAAAGUUCUUAGAGUGCUAGAAGUAUUGAAGCAGUUCAAACCUGCCCAACUUCGUGAAGAUAAAAAUUCUGUAGCUUGUCUCCCAGAAAAUGAUAGCAAGGACCCGAAACCUCUCCCAAGUAAUGGAGAAUCUGUCAAUUUUAAAAGUGAUAAACAAGUAGCUGCUGAUGAAGUUAGUUCUUUAAGUAGUAAAUCUGACAUUAUGGAAAAGAAAGAAGAAAAUUGUGCAGAGUGCCUAUGUGAAGAUCAGUCAACAUUAGUUUCUGAAACAGAAGAAUGUUCUGCAAGUACUGAAGAAACUCUGCAAUUAGUAGUAAAUAAUAUUUCUCCACCAACUAUGCUGGAAGUGAACUCACUUCCAGAAGAAAUUCCCUUGGUUGAAACUUGUAACAGUGAAACUAGUAACUGCUCUAACAGCGAUUGUCAAAGUAAAACAUUGGCAAAUGAAAGUGAUCUCAAAGUGUGUGAUCAUGAGAAUACAGAUUGUGAUAAUAAGAACUGCUCUCACAUUCCAAAUUCUGCAGCCAUUCUGUUAACAGAAAAAGUUGUAAACCAAGUUAGUCAAAUGAAUGGAGUCUGCUCAAACAAACUUAUUAAUAUUAAUAGUGAUGAAGAACAGAAAGACUUGACAAAUGAAAAAUCUCAACCUAUUGAAACAAAUUCUGAAACAAAGAAUGAAAUCAGUGAAAAGAAAUUAGGCAAUAGUGCAGAGGCAUCACCAACCAAAAGCACUUCCUCUGUUAACAAAACUGCAGAUAAUAGUCCAAAGAGAGAGAAUCGGCAAGAGUCUUCAUUCCAUGGACAGUCACGGGGAUAUACGGGAAGAGGCAAAGGUCCAAGAUUUAACAGACGAUUCUUUCGUGAAGAUGCUUCUGGCAAAAAUGGCGAUAUGCCUUUUCGCCACUACCGAAACUUGAUGCAAGAUGAUGCUGAUGCCCUGUGUGGAAUUGUAUUCGUAGAACAGAGAUUUACAGCAAAAAUUUUGUAUCAUUUGUUAAAUGAUAUUCGACGAUGUGAUGAAGAUUUCUCUUUCCUCGCGGCACAGUAUACUGUAGAUAAAAUAGCAGACCCAGUUACAGAUCCAAGAGAAGCAGAAAUUGAACACAGAAAACAGGAGGAAGUUUUAAAAAGAUUCCGAAUGAGAGAAUGUAAUCUUCUGGUGGGUACAUCAGUACUGGAAGAAGGAAUAGAUGUUCCAAAAUGUAAUUUGGUUAUUCUGUUUGAUCCACCAUUGUCAUACCGCUCGUACGUGCAGUGCAAAGGACGUGCCCGAGCCCAAGAUGCCCACUUUGUUCUGCUGGUUGCAGAAGACCAUGUCAAUCAGUGUGUGCACGAUCUUGCCCAGUAUUAUGAAAUUGAACAGAUGUUGUUAAGAAAAUGUGCCAAUCGAGAACCUCCUGAGGAUGAAGAACAGGAAGCAGAUAAAUACAGUGACUGCAUUGAGGCAUACAGUCCUAUCAAUAGCCCUAGUAAUGCCUCUGUUAACAUGGCAACAGCAGUCACUCUAGUCAACAGGUACUGUGCAAAACUACCCAGUGAUACUUUCACAAGACUGACACCUAUGUGCUCAACAAGGAAAGUUAGAAGCUCUGACCAGACAAUUUACAUUUGUACUGUAAGACUUCCAAUUAACUCUCCCGUGAAACAAGAUAUUGUGGGCUUGCCAAUGCCUACUCGUGUCUUGGCCAGGCGCAUUGCAGCUUUGGAGGCCUGCAGGAUACUACACAAAGCACGCGAAUUGGACGACAACCUGCUUCCUGUAGGGAAAGAGGGCUUUCGCGUGCCAGAGGAGGAAGAGGAGUUGGCGUCAGGAAUUAUAGCAGAUGCCCUAACUGACUGCAGACCAACUCCAGGGCAACCUGCCUUUUUGUAUUACAUCAGUAUGGUUUUGACAUGUCCACUUCCAGAAGAACAGAAUACACGUGGAAGGAAAAUAUAUCCACCGGAAGAUUCUAUGCAAGGAUUUGGCAUUUUAACUUUAAAGGAAAUUCCUAAGAUUUGCCCAUUUCCUAUUUUCACUCGUUCGGGAGAAGUCAGAGUCAAACUUGAACUUACUGAAACUCAGGUUUUGUUGACUGAAGAGAAAAUUGAAAAGAUUGUAGCUUUCUUGAAUUACACUUUUACAAGUGUUUUAAGGCUUCAAAAGUAUCUGAUGAUGUUCGAUCCACAGGCUUCUGAAAAUUCCUACUUCAUCAUUCCUACAAAGAAAGAGGACAAAGACAGUCCAGCCGAAGUUGAUUGGGACUUUCUGGAUAGGAUUUAUGAAAAUAGAGAUUUGCGUCCAAGACCUGUACCUCAAGAAGAACGUGCAAAUUUUGCCUUUGAUCCUGUUAAAUAUCAUGAUGCUGUUAUUAUGCCGUGGUAUCGUAAUCAGGAUCAACCACAAUAUUUCUAUGUUGCUGAAAUAUGUGGACAUCUCAAUCCCAAGUCAUCUUUCCCUGGCUCGGAAUAUAAAACAUUUGAUGAAUACUAUUUCAAGAAAUACAAUAUUCAAAUACAAAAUAGUAAACAACCACUGCUUGAUGUAGAUCAUACAUCUGCCAGAUUGAAUUUUUUAACUCCAAGGUAUGUGAAUAGGAAAGGUGUAGCAUUACCUACAAGCAGUGAGGAAACUAAGAGAGCUAAACGUGAAAACUUGGAACAAAAGCAGAUAUUAGUUCCAGAAUUGUGUACUGUCCAUCCAUUUCCAGCAUCUUUAUGGCGAAAAGCAGUGUGUUUGCCAUGUGUACUCUACAGGGUCAAUGCUUUAUUGCUUGCUGACCAAAUUCGUUGUCAAGUAGCUGCUAGCGUUGGUUUGGGAAGGCAACAACUAUCAAAUGAUUUUGAGUGGCCACCAUUAGAUUUUGGUUGGAGUUUAGCUGAUGUUUUAAAGAAAUCUAAAGAAAAUGCUGCAAAAAAUGCACUUAAAGAGAAAGGAGAACCAAAAGAAAGUAGCAACGAUGAAAACAGUAUAAAAGCAGAUGAUGAUAAUAUUAAGGACAAAGUAGAAAAGCAAGACGGUGCUGUCAAUGAGGAUAACAGUGGAGAAGAAGAUAAAGAUCAAAAGCAAAAGUCUGCUAAUGAAAUACUUACAGAAGAAGAGAAGAAACUUCAGGGUGAUUGGAUGGAAAUAGGAACAUGGUCUAAUGAAAUGGCUAACCAACAACCUAAGACUUUUGAUUUGCCUAUAGAUGAUUUUGAUCCCAAUGUAGCACUUCCGUCAAACUUGACUCUUCUUGGUGAAGACGAUGAACUUAUGCAGUUGCAUGCAGGAGGCAGCGAUUGGGGGACAGGUAUUUGUGCUCGACGAAAGGACUAUGUUCGUUAUGGAUCUCCUAGUAGUUGGAUGGGUUUCGGGGGAAUGGGAGGAGGUUUUGGGGGCAUGGAGCAAGAAUUGGAUGGCUUUGAAAGUGAUGAUUCGUACAGUGAGCAAGGCAAUGAUUUUGACCAGUCUGACAGCAGUGAUUUGCAAGGCACAUCCGGUUUGCGAAUUGAAUUUAAGAGUGACAAUGUGGCAGAAGCUGUUGAAGAUGAACAGGAAGCUCAAAAGCGAGAACGUCGAAAUGCUGUGAGGUCUUCGGAAGCAAAUGGCAUGGAAAGUGAUAUUCCUUGGGACUGGGAUGAGAAAAGUAAAGACGAAGAUGAGGAUGAAGAACUAGAAGAUUUGACUCUGAAAUACCAACAGCAGUUUGAAAAUGCAACGAAAACUAAUGAAGAGCUGAUUCAUAAUAGUGGAAUUUUACUUAAUAAGAAUGAAUCUCUCACUAUUGCUAGGAAGUCUGCUCAGGGUACACAAGUUCCAAGUGUUUUUGUAGAAGUAAUGCCUCAGAAACUUGAUCGACGUCACAUUGACUUGACACAGCCUUUGACUCACAAUCAAGAAGCAGAUUUUAUUGCUGGAGAGUUUAUUAUCUUUAAGUCACUGAAAUCUGUGGGAUAUGAUCAAAAGCAACCUAAUGCAGACAGUGGAAUUUCAGAAGACGAAAUGUCUCGAACUUCUAGAACAGAUCCCCUUGGCUCCGAUUCUGAGGAUUUAAUGGAAAUGGACGAAUGGGAAGGAGGAGAUGAAGAAACCGAUAUAAUUAGCAAGUUCAGUUUUGAUGCCCAACCAGAUUUGAAUGGUCAUGCAGGACCAAGCCCCAGUAUCAUACUUCAGGCUCUCACAAUGUCAAAUGCCAAUGAUGGGAUUAACUUAGAACGCCUAGAAACAAUUGGAGAUUCAUUUCUGAAGUAUGCCAUCACCACAUACUUAUAUUGCACCUAUGAUAAUAUCCAUGAAGGGAAGCUGAGCCACUUGAGGUCCAAGCAGGUUAGCAACUUAAAUUUGUACCGGUUAGGACGUCGUAAAGUCUUUGGCGAGAGCAUGAUUGCAACCAAAUUUGAGCCACAUGACAAUUGGCUGCCUCCUUGCUACUAUGUUCCUCGUGAGCUUGAGCAAGCCCUCAUUGAAGCUGGAGUUCCUGCGAGUCAUUGGAACAGGGCUGAUUUACCUGCUUUACGGGAAAUGACACGAGAUGAGAUAUGUGCUCUAGUACGAGAAAGAGGAGAGCAGUUGCGAGCUAUUACUGAAGGAGAGGAAUUGACGCAUCCUACUGUUGCUUCUGCUCUUCUUACAGCUCCUGAAGGAACAUCAGUGGAAAGUCUUCCCUGUUUCAUUCCAUACAAUCUGAUAACUCAGCAUAGCAUUCCAGAUAAAAGUGUGGCAGAUUGUGUGGAAGCUCUUAUCGGAGCCUACCUUAUAGCUUGUGGUCCAAGAGGGGCCCUUCUUUUUAUGGCUUGGUUAGGAAUUUGCGUUUUACCUAAAGAAGAAGUAACCUUAUCUCAACAGACUGGUGAAAAUAGGAAAGUUGGCAGUUUGCCAGAAGUUAAAACGGAAGAAGAUGGAAAUGUUGUGUGGAAGCAGGUGCAGUAUGGAAGUUUAAAAGCUCCACGGUCUCCACUUUUGCGUCAUGUGUCUGAUCCAGAAGGAGAGUUAAAUAAGCUCUUGGAUGGUUAUGAAGCAUUUGAGAAACGCAUUGGAUACAGAUUUCGAGAUCGUAGUUAUUUAUUACAAGCUCUGACACAUGCUUCAUAUUCACCAAAUCGACUUACAGACUGUUACCAACGUUUAGAGUUUCUAGGUGAUGCUGUGCUGGACUACUUAAUUACCAGACAUCUCUAUGAAGAUUCACGGCAACAUUCACCAGGAGCAUUGACAGAUCUUCGGUCUGCUUUAGUGAAUAAUACCAUUUUUGCAUCUCUGGCAGUGCGUCAUGGAUUCCAUAAAUUUUUCAGACAUUUAUCACCUGGUCUUAAUGAUGUUGUGGAUAGAUUUGUUCGAAUACAAGAAGAAAAUGGACAUACCAUCAGCGAGGAGUAUUAUCUUAUUGAAGAAGAAGAAUGCGAGGAAGCAGAAGAUGUGGAAGUUCCUAAGGCUUUAGGUGAUGUUUUUGAGUCUGUAGCGGGAGCCAUAUUUCUGGAUAGUAAUAUGUCAUUGGAUGCUGUUUGGAGAGUUUAUUACAGAAUGAUGAAAGGAGAAAUAGAACAAUUUAGUACAAAUGUUCCAAAAUCACCUAUUAGAGAACUUCUGGAAUUGGAACCUGAAACAGCAAAAUUUGGAAAACCAGAAAAGUUGGCUGAUGGUCGCAGAGUAAGAGUCACUGUAGAAGUUUUUGGAAAAGGUACUUUUAAGGGCAUAGGACGAAAUUACCGCAUUGCUAAGUGUACUGCUGCCAAAUGUGCCCUGAAACAAUUGAAGAAAAAAGGGCUUCUCUCAAGAAAAAUGUAAUUAUUUAAGGAACUGAUAACUUCUUGUCAUGACAAUGUAAGUGCAAUACUACAACUGCUUAUUUCAAUUUUCUCUGUAGAAUGAGAAUGAUCAUGGUUUUAAACCAUAGUAAAGAAAUUGAAACUAUUAGUGUUUAUUCUCAUUGGCUAAAAUGGCAAAGAAUAAUUUUGUUGUAUAAAAAUGAAAAUUAUUAGUCAUAAUUUUCAUUUUUAUGUCUUUUUGCCAUAUUAGUCAUUAAUCUUGUGAUCCAACUGCAGGAUGUCAGUGUUGAUUAUUGAUAACUUUUAUUCAUAUCAUUGAUAAUUUUUAACAUGUGAAUCCAUUUCCACAAUUAUGUCACAUGGAGUUGUGUCCAAAUAUUACUGCUACCAGUAGUACAUUUUUUAAAUUUAAUUUAAUUGGUCUCUUUACUUCAAUCUUUUAGAUAUUUUGUAGAUAAGCAAGAUUUGUUCUUCUGAUGAAAAUGUUUGAGAUUGUGUUUUCAAAAAUUGGUGCACUGUUUUUGUUUUUUACUCCGCCUGCUAUAUCUUUCAUUUGCUCUUUAUAAUGAGAAAGUAAAAUCUAUUCAGCAUUUAAUUCCUAAAUAUUAUCAGUAUUAUAUUUUGUUGUGGCUGUGUUGCUCACUAAUAUGAAAAUACAUUAGCAGUUCUGGACUUGUAAGGUUCCAUGGCAUAGUCUCUUUUGUUUUCCUGUUUAGUUGAAUAGUUUUAAUCUUUUGUUAUAAUAACUCUUGUAGGUUAAUUUGAGGAAUGUGAUUAUUGGCAGAUUUAAGCUUUGUCUUAUGACUUGUGGAGUAAAAGCAUAUUUGCAAAAUUGCAAAAUACAAUUUUAUUGAUUGAAAUUAUCUUUUAAUGAGCAGAACACAAUGGAAUUAUGUGUUGUUUUCUUUGUUUAAAAUGAUAUUUGUAUUUGUUUUAAUUUUGUAGAAUACUCUUAUGAACUUGUAAACAAUCUAAUUAUAGAGAACGGAUAGUGUAUGUAUCCACAAUACAUUCUGAAGUGUUGGGACAGUCUUAUUUCAGAAUUUUACAAACUAAUAUCUUGUUUUUAAUGAGAAUGCUAGUGCAGAUACCUAGAUACUAAAGAGAGAGACAUUUCAAGAUUUGAAAUAAUGAUUAAUAAUGUUAUUACAAAAUCAUGCAAUGUACCAAUUUGCAAUCAAAGAAGCAAAGUAGAUUGUGGUAGUGGCGGUAUAUUUAUCCUCUCCUUGGAAAGAUUUUUAUGCAUAAAGAAUGAAACAUAUUUUAUUUACCUGAAAUCUGCCAAAAUCUUCCAUUAAUUAUUCAUAUGUAUUUUCAUACGUAGCAUUGAAUUCAGAAAUUUUGUGAAGUUCUGAAAUUUGUUCUACACUGUCAUUGUGGAAAUAAAUUUAUAUGAAUUACUAAGUGUAUACUGAAUAACAAUUUCAACAAUGAUCUAAAGUUUUUUGAUGUUUUUAAGUACAUAUAAUUCUUAUAAAUUUUCUUUCAAAGGACUUUAAUAUAUAUUCUCUAUUUAUUUGUAGUACUUUGAUAAUUUUUUUGAAGCAUUAUGAUUGUAUUUUGAACUGUGAUAUUGAGAAGCAUGCUAUGUGGUGUGAAUGAGUUCACUGGUGUACAUAGGUAGAGUGAUGACCUUAUGAUCAUUAACAAAUGUAGCAUAAGUAGAUAAAUUGGUCCAUAUAUUUCAACUUUAUUCCUUCUUAUAAAUUCUCAAGUUGAACAGAUCAAUGGAAAAUAUUUGAAAGUUAUUAAAGAAUGAUUUUUAAUAUUGUAUACCUUUCUCGGUGAAAAGUUGAAAGGCUCUAAACUAGAAUUCUUAAUGACAGCUGUACGUAAAAAAGGCAUUUUUAAAAUUAUUAUUUUCUACCUGUUGCAUUUGUUUUUUCAAAGCUCUUGUCCUCUGUUUAAAUAAAUUGCAAAAUGAGGUAGCUAGCUUUUAAAUUGAAAGAAAAAAAAGUAGCUCAAUAAUUUUGCUCCUCAAUAAUUGAACAUAAUUUUGAUUAAAAAUUAGAGCUAAAUGGAAAAUAUGUUUCUAAACCUUGUAGGUACACGUAAAUCAUAGUAGUUAUUAAUGUACACCAAUGAAUCUCAGACAUUAGCCUUGAAGUGUAAGCAUGCAAUUGUGUAGUUCAUCUAUGUAUUUAUUAUAUUUAUUUAAAAUAUUUGGAACUAUAUACUUCACAAUGUGGCUGUAACAACAUGCGUUAUAGUUUUGCAGUUUUACUUAUCUUGAAGAUUUCUGAAUAAUCAGCAGUUGGUGAUAUGGUAUUCAUAAUGUUAAAAGCCUGAUCAUAAAUUUGUAAUUGUUGUUUGCAAGAUUUCUUCAAUAGAGCAGAUUUUCCUCCCUCAAGAAUAGUCUAAACAGUUUGUUCUCAUAAUGAAUGCACAGAAGAGAAACAUUCAGUUUCACAAAGGUGCUGUUAAGUCCGUGCCAAUAUUUGUGUAGAUCCAUCCAUAACAUUCUUGUCAAAUCUUUAAACAGAUUUUAUUACACUGGCAACAUGUUUCUUUCAAAGUUAUCUUUAUUUAAUUUCUUUUAUUUUAAAGAAUUCUAAUAUUACAAUCACUUCUGUUCAGCCUGUUGAACUAAAAGCUAUGUUCUUUACUAGAAGAUUGUUGAAUUUAAUGAGGUAUGAGUAUUUUGUUUGUGUUUUCAUAUAUUCCUAUUGUACUAUGAAAUUUAUUAUUACAAUAUUUAACGUCCUAAUUAGUACAAAAAGCAUUAAUAAUUAAGUGGGGUUUUAGAUUUCUCUUUUCCAGUGGAGUACAUGUCUAGAAACAUUCUAUGAACAGUUAUUUAAUGCAUUGAAUGAUAUGAUUCGACAUAGUGUGUCAAGUUUUCAAUCAUGUAUCAUGUUUCAAGGUAUCAACUUAAAGAAUAUUUUGCGCAUGUGUUUUUAAUGACAGUAGAUAUGGCAUUUAACACCUUGGGCUAACAAAUUUUUAGUCAAUAUUGUGAAGGCAAUUCUCAAAAAGAUAUCCAAUUUCAUUUGUGUUAUCUAAACAAAUUUAAAAUAUUUUAAUAUUCUGUAUUUACUUGAAUAUAAGACAACUCUUUUUUUUUUACCAGAAAUUAGUUCGGAAUAACAAUUUUCAAAAACACAUUUCCUUAUUUAUAUAUUCAACGUAAAUUAAACUUCAUCAAUAUAUCAACUUUUUUGAAUAAUCAUCAUCAUUAUUUCCUGUGGUAAUAUUUUGUGGUUCUGUUUUUGUAAUUCUCUCAACCUACCAAUCUUAACAAAAGAUGUGUCAAAAGAAAAGAGAGGUAAUUUUAUCUUUAUAAAUAUUAAGGAUUUGUUGCGGUAACCUGUCUGAAUUAGGCAGACAAAUGCAAUCCAGGCACGAGUAUUUUCUCUCUCAGUUAUCUACAAAAUGAGAUAUUUUGGGACCUUCCAUUACAUUUUUUGGAGUUUGACUCCUCAGAGACAUCAGAAUCUCAUAUUGUAUUAAUACGUUUCUGUUAAUGUGUAGAAAUAAGAUGAACCCAGAAUUUGAAAGCUGGCAAAGAUUCUUGUCUUAUAUUCGGGUGUGUACAGUAUUAUAUGGAAAUAGAUAGGAAGAAAAUAUUCAAAGUGUUGACAUUUUCUUUCCCAACAGCUAGAACAAUCAAAAAUAUUUAAUCAUAUUUCACAACUUUGUAAAACUCUGUUUCUUGCCCUCUGAAUUGGAGAGAUCUGACAUUACGCACCUUCAUCAAAAUAUAGUAGAAUUUAUAUUCUUAGGAAGUAUGAGCUACCCUCACUAAACUAGAUGUUCAGGUAUUAAAAGUUCAGCUUACUUGUCUCUCUAAUAUAAUUUAUUUUUAAAAAAACAACUGUUUUACGAAGACAACUAGAUACAGUUCUAGAAAAAAUUGUGGAAUCAAUGGUGAAACUAUAGAAGUUGAAAUCAUGUUAGUAUUUUCUAAACAAAUCGAAGUACUAAGUGUAAUUAGCCUCACAUGCUGGUAUCAUCACUGAUCAGAAAUGGAAAUUACCUAUUUUAAGAAAGGAAACUGCUGAAACCGAAACUCUUUUGUGAGGCCUGCAAUUAAAACUUUUUAUAACUAAUAUUCUAUUGAAACAAAUAGUAAUAAGCCAUGCUUUUGGUAAUGACUUCAAUUAAUGUUGAGAGUACUGAUGAAAUUUAUAAUUUACUUUCAUCAAAGGUGUUACAAAUUUUAUAAUUCCAAAAAUAUCUUUCAGAUAGGUACUGGUUGGUGUAUUUGCUAAUGGAGUAUAUAAUUUCAAACAUUGUUUAUGAAUCCUUAGUAUGCAAAACACUGGAAUAGUUUCAAGAAAGAAAUUAUUCCAUAAAAUAAUAUUUAUUAUGGGAAACAUGCAAUAUCAACUCUGGAAGUGUGUGUUCUGCAAAAGUGACUUCAUUAUUGAAUAAGAUUCCAUUUUUUGUAAAAUGCAUGGGAACUAUUUGUGUUAUAAAAAUGAAAAUAUAAGUUCACUUGGCGAAUAUUUCCUGCAGCAAGAAUUGUUGUGAAAAUUGCAUGUUGUCAUGGCCAGAGGAAAAUGAUAUGACAAAAUGAUUUGUUAAAAUCUUAACCAUUGACACUGAUUGUGUUACAAAAGUAUUCAAAAUGAGCUGAUUUGUUUUGCUAACCUAAACAUUUAUUGACUGUCAGUUAUAACAUUUUAUAAGGGCUUUUUUCCCCCCUUUUGAAGCAAAUAGUGAAGGACAAAUUUAUGAGAGCGCAACUACUGAAGUUUUAUUUAAGAGCAGAUUUAAACAUUGGUACUGGAAGUACUAUAUGGCAAAUACAUUUUACCAAAAUCAUGUUUUGAAGUAGUCACAUCCAUACUGAAAAUGUGGGAGUGCUGUGUGUUCAGUAAUUAAAUGUAUAGAUAGUUUUUAAAAUAAUUGUGCGUUUUUCAGUUUUUCCUAUGGUAUUUUGUGCUCUAAAAGUAUACAUGAUUCAACCUGCCAUGAUUCAAACAUUCCAAUCUUAAACUACUGUCCUAUAAUUUUCUUAAUUGAAAAUAUCUGUAUUACUACAAUUUCAUAGUUGUAGUCUAUUGUAGUUGAUAACCCUUUGUAGAAUAGUCUGUGUGUAACAGUAAGAUACAUGGACCAAUACUUCAUGCUGUGUUAGGAAAGCAUGUUAAUGGAGAAUUAUCGAAUGUUGACUUAAAUGCUCAACCCAUGGUGUACAGAAUGAUUUAAAAUUCUGGCACGCAUUAUGUUAUGCAAAUUCUCUGUAUUUUAUAAACAUUAUGAUAUACAUUUCCUUCUUCCUCUUUGCUUCUUGUGGUAGAAACUUAAAACUUUCUAUAUUUCAUUUUCUUAUCUUAUAUCUUUGUAAUGUAAGUGUUUUUGAUUUUUCUUUUCUUUACUUAUCAUUUCUUAUUAAAACUAACUUUCUAUUUUAUUUCAAAUCUGCAGAAAGAAUGACUUAAUUCCCCCCUCACAGUACAAAUAAUUAACAUUGCAACAAUAAUUGAUUGGAGAGAAAAUCUGUGCAUUUGUGGAGCCAAUACAAACACCACACUCCAUCUUUAUUUCCUCUCCGAGAUUCAGAUUUAUCCUAAUAUUGUUAAAAACUUAGCACGUAUGUUUUGUAGCCACCAAUAACUGUUUAAAUUGCUUCUUUCAUUAUGUAAUGGUUAUCUUACAUGCUCCUCAAGAAACUUUCAAAUGAAUGAAGUUUAAUAUCGAAUUAUAAAGUUAGUUCUGGCAAAACUUUUUGAGUUUCAAAAUUAUUUCAAAUUUUACUAUGUUUUUGGUUUAAUAAACACAUAAAUUAGUUAUAACUUGUCUAAUAAAAUGCUUUAUUUUAUUAAAUCACUAAAAAAUAAUUUUAGGAAUUUUACUCAAAUAAAAACAGGUUUGUGUUAAUCAAUUGUUUAAUUCCUGGAAAUUUUAUGUAAGAAAUGACUUUAAUAUUUAGCACAAUAUAUACCCAACAUAAAUUCAAAUCAAAACAGCUUUAAACCAUUUCCCUUGCAUUUAGUUAUUAUUUAAUAGUCUAGAAGAAUAUUUAUACAAGAAAAGGCUUUGGACACAUUUCCUUCGUAAUAUUAUUUGGAUCUGUAAAUGAAUAACGUUAAUUUUAAUAAUUAAUAUUCUCUGAAAUUUAAAAAAAUUGAGGUCACUGAUUGCCAUCUUCUUCCUGACUUGUAAAUAUGUUUGAGAAAUAUAUGCUCUGUCGCAUUCUUGCCAUAGUAGCUGUUCUUCUGAAUAAUCAUUUAAUUUGCAAAAAUUCCAAGUGCCAAUAAUCCAAUUGCUGAAUAUUGCUGACAGAAUGGUUAUUGUACAAGGUAUUCUGUUGAAAUUGAGAGAAAUGUCAAUAUUCCCUCUGAGGAGACACGAUUGUUAACGAUUUUAAUGACUUGACCUGAUUACAAUUACACAGUUUUCAGCAUAUUUGCGGUGGUGACAACAGGCAACCUUUAGGGAGAACAAGAAACCCUUUGCUCAAUUAGCUUUGAAAUUUAAGUUUAUGUGAAGUCAGUGAUUGUAAUAUGCACAUAAUGGAAAAAUCUAAUUUUAUAACGUGAUUUUAAAAUCAGACCCAAUAAUCAAAAAUUGGGAGAUCUUGUACUGAUCUGCAGCAUGUACAGGAAUUUUCCCAAGAAUUUUAUUCUUGCAUUGUUUUUCUACACAUAUUUAAACACAAAAACCUCUUGGAAGUCAUGUAAUGAAUACCAAGCUUAGUUCACUUACUCUGUAUUUACUUGAUUAUAAAUGGAUCAUGUAAUUUUAUUGAGUUACAUGUCCAUAUUCAUAUUUUGAUUGGCAUGAAGAAGUUGCAACCAAACCUCUUGUUUCAUGUGCUUCCAAAUCAUUGUUAACAUAUCAGUAUAAACAUAUCUCUCACUUUGUUCGACUGCCUUUACAUAUUUUUAUUUAUACUUAAUAUUAUGUAUAGUUAUUUGACAUGAAGAGAGUUUGCAAUACAACUUGAAUUGUGCCAUGUUUCUUUUAUAUCUAGGACUUAAUUGAAUUAUUGAAUCUGUACUUGAAGCAUUCUUAGGCUCAAUAUUAGUAUUUUUUUGUGCGAGAGUUAAUUUAGUGAAUUUUUUUUUUUAUUAAUGGGCAUCCAGAAACCAAAACCUGUCAGACUUGGAUACAAAUAAAAGUCAAGACAUAAUAUG